AUGACUCGUGAGUUGGACGUCUGGCCAAAGGUUAACAUCAUAGAACUUGUAUCUCAAGUCAGAUGGGCAAGUCCACUAACACCUGUUAUCAGGAGAGACGGCAUCGGGAGGGUAAGCACUGAUUUGAAAGAGACCAUAAACUCUGCUCUAGAGACUAGAUAUCCAUUACAGCGCACAAGCGAUCUGAUUGAAAAGUUAGUUAGGAGCAGGAAAUUUACCAAAAUAGAUUUUAAGCAAACUUUUUUACAGAUUCCUACGCAUGAAGAAUCCAGGGAUUUAUUCUCGAUCUCCAUCCACAAGGGCUGCUUUCGAUUCACCAAGCUAUCGUUUGUUUUAAGAAGAAAACUUGCGUGGCGACAAAACAAACGAACCAAAGGUGUGGUGUAG